AUGGCUGCCUGCUCCUCCCGGGACCUCCAACGCCCCCCGCCCCCCUGCCCAGCCGGCGCCAGGGCCGAGCCGGGCUCGUCCUCCUCCUCCUCCUCGCCCCCCGCCGUGGCUCCGCAGUGGGAAGGGGCAUGCGGGCCGACCCCCUUGGGGUCGCGGGGGGCGCCGGGGCUUCUCGUCGUCCUGCCGUUCCCCGCCACCACCACGCACGGUUCAGGCAGGCUGGGCCUGACCCACGGGCCAGCCUCCGGAAGCCCCCGGCCCCAUGCUCGCCGGGCGGGCUCGGCGACCCCUCUGCGCCCCUGCCCAGCAGGGGGGCUCGGCCGGGGGUGGGGUGGGGGCGCAGGGGCCUGCCUAGGCCACCGGCCCCGCGAGGCAGGCCGGAGCUCCCGGCGCCUUCCCCAGUCACGGGUACCCGGGGCGGCGCGGGGGGAGGCGGGGGCGGCGGAGAGGAAGGCGCCGCCGGGCGGCAGCCCCCCGCUGCCCGGAAGGCCUUCACGGAGCGCCCCGGGAGGAGGACCGGAGGCCUCUGGGCGUCGCGACGGGUCCCCGGAAGGCUCACGGCGCGCCGCGCUUCGCUGCUGCUGCGGCGCAGGGCAGCGGACGGCGAGCGGCUGCAGGCUACGGGCCGCCGGAGGUGCCCUUCGCAGCCGCCCGGUCAGCUUUCGCGUCGCUCUCCAGCUCCCGCCUUCCCUGAACUCCGGCUCCCGGAAGCGGAAGUUGCCUCGCGUGUCCUCCGCGGAUGGACGUCGCCUUCAGGGAGACCCACCUAUUGUCCUGACUAGUCAUUUGCGAGAGCCAGCUGACACGGGCGGAGCCGAGCCGGAGCAUGGAGAGGCGCGGAAGCGGACGAGGCGCCCGAGCCCCGGGGCGCCCGCAGGAGCCACGCUAGGCCAGUCCGGUGCAGGCGAGGCCGAUCCCGCUGCGCUCAUGCACGGCUCGUCGGUGCGGAGGCGGCAGGCGGCCGCGGGGUCCUCGCCGCCGGGCAGACAUCACGGAGCAGCCCAAGAAGAUGACGCCUGCAAGAAUUCCCGUUUCCAUUUUGACCUGUGGUUUUAUUUCACUCUGCAGAACUGGGUGCUGGACUUUGGCCGCCCCAUCGCCAUGAUUGUGUUUCCACUGGAGUGGUUUCCACUGAAUAAACCGAGUGCUGGAGAUUAUUUUCACAUGGCUUACAAUGUCAUCACACCCUUUAUUCUUCUGAAGCUUAUAGAGCGGUCGCCCAAGACCCUCCCCCGGUCCAUGGUGUACAUCUGCAUCAUCACGUUCGUCAUGGGAGCCAGCAUCCACUUGGUGGGCGAUUCCGUCAAUCACCGGCUGAUCUUCAGCGGUUACCAGCUGCACCUGUCCGUCCGAGAGAACCCCAUCAUUAAAAACCUCAAGCCGGAGACGCUGAUUGAUUCCUUCGAAUUGCUGUACUACUAUGAUGAAUAUCUGGGCCAUUCAAUGUGGUACAUCCCCUUCUUUCUUGUCCUGUGCAUCUAUUUUUCUGGCUGCUUCAUACCCCGUAAAGAAGAACAGCAGAGAAUACCUGUGGCUGCUUUGCUCCUCAUUGGGCCCAGUAGUCUCUAUUACUGGUAUCUCGUCACGGAAGGACAGAUCUUCAUCCUCUUCAUUUUCACGUUCUUUGCCCUGAUGGCCUUGGUGAUGCACCAGAAGCGCAAAGGGCUGCUCAUGGACAGCAACGGACAGUUCCUCUUCUACUCGUUCAUUAUCACGCUGGUGCUGAUUGCCCUGUGGGUCGGCUGGCUCUGGAACGACAAGACCCUCAGGAAGAAAUACCCAGGCAUCAUCUACAUUCCAGAGCCGUGGGCGUUUUACACCCUACACAUGAGUAAUCUGCACUCUGCAAAGGGAGAGAGCAUUUAACAUUGGGACCUUUCGCAGGGUAGGUAGUGGAGGGGGGGGGCAAUUUGGGAACGCGGGGCCUCGGGCUCCGCCUGCUGGCAAUGUCCCCUGUGCAAAGCCCCAUGGAGGGGGGCGGGGUUUGCGCACUGGAUUGUGCCCACAGUAGAGAGGAAGAGGCGGCGUUUCCUUCCCGGAAUCGAUGGUUUACCUUAACAUGAGGACAGCAGCCCGACCCUAUGCAGGUUUACUUGGAAGACGUCCCACUGGGUUCAUUGGUACCUUCUCCCAAAUAAGUCUUCAUUGGGAUCACAGUCUCGGUCUGUAAAAAGGGAGUGCUCGAGUUGUAGGAGAAACAUUCAGGCGUUGACAGGCCCACCGCUGAAGGCAAAAAGCUAGUCUGCUGGAGCUCCAAGCGCCUGAGUGUUCCUCAUGCUUCAAGCCCCCCGUGGCGGCAGAGGUAAGCCUGUCAAGGUUUCUUCAAUGUCUCUUACAAUCUCAGCAGCCCUCUGGUGUCCAGCAGAGGUCCAAGGCUCUGCCUAUCUCCUUGUUUCCCAUUUUCCUCCUUGUAGCUGGCAGAAUAAACUAUGCAAAGCAACGGGGGCGUGCUGGCGCAGGACAACUCCGUCUAGCGGAGCCUGGGGAGGCGCCUGCCGCGUUCGGCUUUCAGCGAGUCCGCUGAGGGCUUUCUGAUCUGCUGCUGCAGAAAACAUCCCUGGGAGUUUCUCUUUUAGCCUAAUAGCUUUAUAUGUGCUCUGAACCUUUUGCAAGAGAGAGGAGCGAGCGUGGAGAACUUGCUGCGGUAUCACUGCGAGUAGAUGAAUUCCCUCCUCCUCCUCCUCUUCCUCCUGGCCCUGUGUGCUUUCUGGCAUGAACAAGUGGCAUUGAGACUGGAAAUGUGUGCACCAGUUGCUGGGGAACAUGGGUGGGAGAGUGCUGCUGCACCAUGUCCUGCUUGUGGGUUCCUGGUCAACAGCUGGUUGGCCACUGUGCGACCAGAGUGCUGCACGAGACGGAGCCUUGGCCUGACGCUGGGAAGGGCCGUCCACGGUUGGGAUUGGCCCUGCACCACCAGUGGGAAGGGCGAGCUUGUGGCUCCUGAG